AUGGCAUCAGAAAAGGCUGAAGAUGUCUGUAUGGCCCUGUCGGAAAUGCUUCCGGCGGAUGGGCUUGGUCAAGUGCAGUUCCUGUCAUCGGAUUGUGCCUCAACCAAGCUCUAUGCCGAGUUGAAGUGCAUUAUGCCCAACCUACAGUGUCUGGCGCUUGAUCCUAUCCACCUCUGCAUCGUUUACGAGCAGCUAGUAUGCGACAUGGCGGAAAAAACGCCAGGCGCUGUGUUCGUCCGCAAAAUCAUGCACAAGUUCAACAUGGUGGAUGCAAGUCUUCCUUCUCAGCACUGGGGUCAUUUCUACAGAGGCUACGAUAGCCGUCAACUUAGCCAGCAGGAACAGACGCGCAGAACCUACAUUGAAACCGGUGCUUUUGCCAAAGGCAAAACUCGUAAACUUGAACUUGUAGCGGAGAUGGACAGCUCGAAACCCUUUCUUUGCAGACUGGAGUUUAUUGAAGCGUUGGCUGCACUGGCUGCGGUUUUCAACGAGGACAUGGGACGCAAGGUAACUGGAGCCAAUCAAUGCAUCUCCCACAUACUCUGGUGUGCUGCUGAUCCUGAUCGUGCUGAAUGGUACUUCAACAACCAGCGGUUCAGGCACACGCUGAGUCACGGCCUUAGUUAG